AUGUUUCUUUACAUUUUUCUUAUCUUUUUUGGGAUCUCUGUGGCUGCUGGGAUGGAGAGUGGUAUUACAGGAGGAAAAGAAGCUAAACUUCAUUCUAGGCCAUACAUGGCAUCUCUCCAGAAUAACGGACAUCACACGUGUGGAGGGAUGCUGAUUAAACGUGAUUAUGUACUGACAUCAGCACACUGUUUAAAUGAGUUCACAGUUGACUUAGUAGUUGUUCUGGGAGCACACAAUAUUAGCACACAGGAGAACAGCCAGCAGAAAAUCAAUGUGAGGAAAUACAUUCGACAUCCAUUGUUUGAACAAAACAACUACAGCCAUGAUAUCAUGUUACUAAAGCUAAAGACCAAAGCCAAGAUAAACAAAUUUGUGAAAGUUAUGCCUCUUCCUAAGAAAAAUGGAAAAACAUUAGCCAAUAUGAAAUGCUCCAUUGCUGGCUGGGGUAUAAAAAACCCAAAAGAUGAUCGUGCAUCAAGUGUGUUGCGGGAAGUCACUCUCAAAUUGCAGGAGAAUUCACAAUGUAAAAAAAAGUGGCAGGAAUACUUUAACUCUGAUAGAAUGAUCUGUAGUGUUUCAGAUGGGAAAGACGCUUUUUGUCAGGGUGAUUCGGGAAGUCCUCUUAUCUGCAAUACUAAACCGCAAGCAAUCGCUACAUUUACCUUUGAUGGUGACUGUACAAAUAAAAAGUAUCCUGAAGUCUACGUAAAAAUCGGCUACUUCCUCCCCUGGAUUAAAAAGAUGAUUGGUAAAAAAUUGGUUAUAUGA